ACCUACAAGACGAUUGCAAAUGCAGUCAAUCGCUGUGCUCGCUGGCCCCAACAAACGCUCGGGACUGAUAAGUCACGGGUCUUCUGUUACUUGGGACCUCUGGAUCUACGAUACGUCGUUCUCGUCAUGGCUGCUCCCAAGGCGGGGCACACGGGCCUUCUUCACCUCCCACCGGAACAGUCUCGAAGCUCACAUAUCAUUGGUCAAACGGACCAGUUGUUCUGCCCUACUCCUCUCCGAAAAACCGCUUCCUGUUGCUCGGCACAUUUUGGAAGACUGGCCGAUGGAACAGGUCACGACCCCGGAUUUGGACUUUUUUCUUGGCGAAGAGCUAGUAGAAGUCGUUCCGUUUCCCAAGACCUUCGAAGAAGUCAGAAAUGAGCCGUUCUACAUUCUUCAUACGUCCGGGUCCACCGGCAUCCCGAAGCCUGUGCCUAUAACAUACGGGUCGUAUGGUGGUAUGGAUUCCCAGCUUCUGUUGCCGUCGCUCGGCCACAAACCGACGUUUUUGAGCUACGUCCGAGGGAAAAGGGUGUUCUUCGCUCUUCCGGUGUUCCACGCCGCCAGUCUCAACUGGACGAUAGGACUCGCCUUGUUCGCCGGAGUGAUAUGCGUGCUGCCCCCUCCCAUGCCGCUCACCGCUCAUCUGGCCAGCCAAAUUUUCCAGUAUUCCCAAUCCUACGGCGCCGUUAUGGCACCCUCUCUUGUCGUCGACUGCUACAACAAUGACACCUAUUGCGUGAGGAUGCUUCAGAGCCUGAAGUUCAUCGUAUAUGGAGGCGGCAUGUUGCCAGAGGAGGUCGGCGAUGUCCUCUGCCAUAGGAUCAGACUGAUGACUCUGAUGGGAUCUUGCGAGACGGCGUUGCUUCCUCAUCAGAUGCUUGACGACCCUCGGGACUGGGAGUACAUUUCUCUGAGCCCAUGUCUCGGUCAUAUAUUCCGAAACGAUCGCGACCGGUUGGGCAAUCUAACCAUCGUGAGACAGAGGAAGUACGAAUCGCACCAAGGUGUCUUCUCGACGUUCCCGCAGAAGGAAGAGCAUGCUAUGGGCGAUUUGUUCGAGCCUCAUCCCCUCAAACCAGGGCUGUGGCGCUUCCGCGGAAGGGCAGACGAUAUCAUCUCUUUCACCACGGCGGAGAAGCUAAAUCCCUCCACGAUGGAGAGUAUCAUUCAGGCGAACCCGCGUGUCAAGUCGGCAGUCAUUGGAGGUCAAGGCCAGUUCCAGGCGUCCCUCCUCCUCGAACCACGUGAGUAUCCGAGGAACGCCGCAGAAGAGCAGACUUUCCUCGACCAGGUGUGGCCAAGCAUUGUUCAGGCCAACCGCGACUGUCCCGCCCACGGCCGAAUCAUGAGGGGUUUCGUGAUGCUGACAGACCCGGCGAAGCCUCUCCCCCGCGCGAGUAAGGAUACCGUGCAACGCCAUGCGGUUUUCAAGCUGUACGUGGCGGAGUGGGGGUCCCUAUACGAGCGCCAGGCUCGGUUGAAUCCGACUUCGAAGGGGCCUAUGGUGCCUUCGUCAGCCCCCCCGGGAAAGCCUCACGGCAACCCUGGCGAAGCAGAUGACGGUUCCGUCUUGUCUGAUAAGAUGGCCUCCGCAAUUGGGGCUAUCGUUGAGCGGAAAAUUUCGGCAGCUCUCGACCGGUUUGCAUCUGCACUGCUGGCAGCCGCCAGUCAGCUCUAUUCUAUGAGCUCUUCGGUCUCCGACUCUGCUCCACAGGAAACACGGUCUCCGGCAGGGGGAGUAGCCUGUUCAGAGGGAAUUACCAAUGGCGUCGUCAGUGCUCCAAGUACGUUGAGCGCUCAUGCCGCCCCCCGUGACCACGAUUCCAAGAAGCGAGCUAGUGGACGACUGCGCCAGAUAAUCUACGAUACACUCGCUGAGAAUGUUGAGGUUGACGACCUUGAGGAUGGUACCGAUCUGAUUGAAUUUAGGCUUGAUAGCCUUCAAAUCGUCUCCCUCCUGAAUGCGAUCAACGCGUUCAUUGUUAGGUCCGAGCAGCCAGUGGACCUCGUUCAGAUCGAAGCCAUCUACUCGAACCCUACCGUCGCGAAGUUGGUAGCAGCAGUUGUUGAGUAAUGAAGGUUUCGGCAAUAAUCUCACCACAGUGGGUAUUCAUUCAAUGAAACCGGCAUACCUUUAUCCAGUUGUAAAUCCCGAAUACUUGCAGCGUGCGCCUAUGAGACUUACCACCAGGAUAAAUUAGCCGCACUUCCUUGUAUGCCUCUCCCGCCGGGUUCAUUAUAACCGCUCCCUUGCUCAACUUCCAGAUCUUUAAACACCCAAG